AUGGAGGAUGACUACCCUGAGGUCCAAGACCCGUUAUUAGAAAUAAAUGUAAGGACCGAGCCCGAACCACGGCCUCUUUUUGUAAGCCAGCUUUUGAACCCUGAAUUCGCAACCGAGAUUAUCGGCCUGCUCCGUGAAUAUAAGGAUUGUUUUGCUUGGGAUUAUCAUGAGAUGCCUGGAUUGCCAAGAAGUUUGGUCGAGGACGAACUAAAGAUUAAGGAGGGGUUUAGGCUUUUCCAACAGUCGCCGAGGUGA